CUGUAGGCGCUCGAGAGGGACAGAGUAUCAUGGUGGCUGCUUCCUCCCCAAACAGGAGCGGUGGCGGGUCUGGCGGCUCCUGAGGUGGCGGCGGGCGCGGGGAGAGGCUCCGGGCCGGUAGCGCCGAGGGCGAGGGGCGUACGAGGGCCGCCCGGCGACGGCUGUCGGCGAGCGGGCGGGCCGGCCGGCGGCAGCUCCGGCUCCUCCCCCGGGCUCCGGCCUCAGCGCGUUUAACCCUUUAGGGGGACGGAGGCGAGGCAAGAGCUCCUGUGCAGCGCUGGGGCAGCAGCGAGGACCGCCGCGACUGGUGCGCAGCGUCUGCGGUGCAGGGAAGUACUGACAUAACCAUGAUAGAAGACAAAGGUCCACGAGUGGCUGACUAUUUUGUGGUGGCAGGGCUCACUGAUGCAGAUACUGCAACCCUCCUGGACCAAGAAAUAAGCCGACAUGAAACAAAAUCAGCUGGUCCAAAAGCUCCAAUUACUGACAUUGCUGUGAUAAUUAAAUCAGCAGGUGAAACUGUCCCAGAGGGAUACACCUGUGUUGAAGCCACCCCUACAGCCCUUCAAGCCAACUUAAACUAUGGAAGUCUAAAGAGUCCUGAACUUUAUCUUUGCUACAAGAGAGGACGAGACAAACCACCUCUUACUGACAUUGGAGUUCUGUAUGAAGGGAAGGAACGCAUCAUUUCAGGCUGCGAGGUGAUUCAGGCUACUCCUUAUGGUCGUUGCGCUAAUGUUAACAACAGUUCGGCUUCCUCUCAGCGGAUCUUUAUCACAUACCGAAGGGCUCCUCCAGUACGACCUCAAAAUUCAUUGGCAGUGACAGAUAUUUGUGUUAUUGUUACGAGCAAAGGAGAAACACCUCCUCAUACAUUCUGCAAAGUUGAUAAGAACUUAAAUUGUGGUAUGUGGGGUUCCAGUGUAUACCUUUGUUACAAGAAGUCGGUGCCAGCUUCUAACUCGUUAGCAUAUAAAGCUGGGUUAAUUUUCAGAUAUCCUCAAGAGAACUACGAGUCAUUCCCACUGUCGGAAUCUGUGCCUCUCUUUUGCCUUCCUAUGGGAGCUACUAUUGAGUGCUGGGACCCUCAAACCAAAUAUCCACUACCAGUAUUCUCAACAUUUGUACUGACCUGCUCUUCUGCAGAAAAGGUUUAUGGUGCUGCUAUUCAGUUUUAUGAGCCUUAUUCCCGGGAGCUGCUGACAGAAAAGCAACAAUUGCAGCUGGGUCUCCUGACAACUGUAGAGAGGAAAGUCAUUACUUCCAAGUCCAUCAAUUCCAACAAAUGCAUCUGCCUUCUCUCACAUUGGCCUUUCUUUGAAGCAUUUCGAAAAUUUCUUAUGUUCAUCUACAAACUGUCUGUCUCUGGACCUCAUCCUCUUCCCAUUGAAAAGCACAUAUCCCAUUUUAUGCACAAUAUACCUUUCCCUUCACCACAAAGGCCAAGAAUUCUUGUGCAGCUUUCUGCCCAUGAUGCAUUAAUACUGUCUCAGCCAGUUUCUACACCAUUGCCGUUAAGUGGGGCAAACUUUAGCACUCUGCUCAUGAAUCUUGGACCAGAAAACUGUGCCACUCUGUUACUCUUUGUAUUACUAGAAGGCAAGAUCCUCCUCCACUCUCUUAGACCAGCUGUGUUGACAGGAGUUGCUGAAGCUGUAGUAUCUAUGAUAUUUCCAUUUCAGUGGCAAUGUCCAUAUAUCCCACUCUGCCCUUUGUCUCUGGCCACCGUACUCAGUGCCCCUGUUCCAUUUAUUGUUGGAGUUGAUUCACGAUACUUUGAUCUGUACGAUCCACCACAGGAUAUUGUGUGCAUUGACUUAGACACAAACAUGGUGUACAUAUCAGAUGAUAAGAAGAGCACUAACUGGAAGCAAUUUCCUAAGAAGCCAUGUAAAAGUCUGCUCAGCACCUUAAAGAAACUGCACCCACAGCUGGCAGCAGUUCACAGGAAAACUCAAGAAGGCUCUGCAGUGGAGAUGACCCCUAUUGAGGCAGAUUUCUCCUGGCAGAAGAAAAUGACAGAACUGGAGAUGGAGAUCCAAGAAGCUUUUCUACGUUUUAUGGCAUCGAUUUUAAAGGGUUACAGAACAUUCCUCAAGCCAAUCACGCAGGCGCCUUCAAAUAAAGCAACUGCUGCUGAUUCCUUGUUUGACCAUCAAGGAUUUUUAAAAAGCAGAGACCGUGCCUAUACAAAGUUCUACACACAUCUCACCAAAACACAGAUAUUCAGCCGCUUUAUUGAAGAGUGCAGUUUUGUGAGUGACAAGGAUACAGGCUUGGCAUUUUUUGAUGACUGCAUAGAAAAGCUCUUUCCGGAUAAAGGAACAGAAAAAGGAGAGAAGGUACUUUGUCCUUCAAAAUGUUUAGGGAUAUCUGAUCUAGAAAUAAAGGUUGAUGUAGAUUCUGUCGAAGAUGCACGGUUGAUUGAGCUUGAUGAGUCACAAAAAAGUGAACACACGGUGUUCAUAAUGCCACCAGAACCUCCUGCUGCUGAUGUACAGGACCGAGUGCCAAAAUACAGCUAUAAAAACUUCCCACGACUAGAUUUCAAGCUUUUUGACAGGCCACAGGAGCUCAAGCUCUCCUUCAGCAGACACUCAGCUGGAAGCAUCAUUUCAAAUAGUCCAGCACUUAUGGCAAAGAGGACAAAACAGGAGAUAAAAACAGCCCAUAAAUUAGCCAAGAAGUAUUACUUAAGUCCCCCACAAUGGGCAAAGUGUCUCUUCAGUCAUAGUUACAGCCUGUGGUUUAUUUGUCUGCCAGCCUAUGUCAGAGUUGCACAUCCCAAGGUCAAAGCACUGCAGCAGGCAUACGAUGUUCUAAUUAAAAUGAGGAAAACUGAUGUGGAACCACUAGAUGAGGUCUGCUACAGAGUUGUAAUGCAGCUCUGUGGACUGUGGGGUCAGCCUGUUCAGGCUGUGAGAGUCCUCUUUGAAAUGAAAAAUGCUGGAAUACAGCCAAAUGCAAUCACCUAUGGUUAUUACAAUAAGGCGGUCUUAGAGUCGUCUUGGCCUAGCAGUAACCGCAGUGGCAUAUUCCUGUGGACAAAGGUACGAAAUGUAGUUCAUGGCACAGCACAAUUUAGGCAGUGCUUAAAGAAAUCAACGCAGAGCCCACGAGUACCUUUGAUAUCAGCUCUGCGGAGUACCACGGGUGGAAGUGUUGGGGACAUGGUGAGCCAUGGUAGCGUGGAUAGUUCUAAUGAUGCUAACAGUGGGGAGCACACUCUCUUCGUCAGUGACUUAGUCAGGCUUGAUUCCAUUGAUAAUCACUCUAGCACAGCAGGCGGUCAGUCAGACCAGGGCUACGGAUCCAAGGAUGAACUUCUAAGGGAUGAUGGGGAUAGUCUUCAUGCAACUGAAACACAAGUAGAGAAAGAUACUUCUUCUAAAGCUGAAGACCUAAUAGGAGAGGUUUUUAAUGAGAAAUCUGAUGAAAACCAACAGCUUAAUAUAGAAACUGAUAGUCCAACAGACCCACCUGCUUGGGGUAACAGUAUUGUGAAAGUUCCAUCUGGCAUUUUUGAUAGCAGUGGAAGGAAAAGCAGUGGUGAAACUGGUUCUAGCCCACUGUUCAUAACUCAGGAUUCAGUUGAAGAUACAGUCUUUGGUGAUGUUUCUCCUAAGAAAACAAGUGAAAAAAGACAGAAGAAGCAGAAACUGUUUUCAGAGAGAAGCUGCAGUUUCAGCAGUGAAAGCAGAGCAGGAAUGCUCAUGAAAAAAGGCAGCUUGGACUUGCAUUCUAAAGAAUUGGCAAUAAUGAUGGGAGCAGAUGCCAAGAUCCUAACAGCAGCUUUAUCUGGGGCCAAAACUUCACCCUCUCACAUGAGUAAAUCCCACAACUUUGAAAGUAUCAUUGACCAGGAGGUUUCUGGCAUAAGUGGCACGUGGAGUUGUGCGACUGAGAGUGAUUGGGAAUUGGAGCCUAGGUCUUCACCAGUGCUGGAAGAACCUGGGGAGGGGCAGGAGCAUAUUGAGAAUGGAAAAGAUGAAAACUUGACCACAGUGGAAGACCUGAACCUUGAACAGUCAGUUGAGUCCAAAAAUCAGAAAUCAGAAUCCAAAGAUGCAAGUACUAAAAGGAAUAGCUUUUAUGGAGUGGUUAAGCCUAUUGAAAGGGAAGAUGUUGAAGUAGGCUUGGACCCUUUAUCUUUGCUGGCUACUGACAGCACACAACCAAGGCAUCCAGAACCUGAGGAAAAGUUGGUGUCACCAGUUGCAGCACGUAAUUUGGCAGAUGAAAUAGAGAGUUAUAUGAAUCUGAAGAACCCCUUGGGUAGUAAGUUUCCCAGCAUGGAACUGCACAAGCCAGACAGAGAAGCAGAAGCCUCUGGUACACUUGGUCACUCCCAAGAAAGGAGGUCAAGCCUGCCUUUGGAUCCUGUCCUGCCGUUUUCCAAGUCUUAUGAAAGUCAGAGAAGUCCUUCUGUCUCCAGAUCCAAAACAUUCACUGUACGACCAAAGCAACAAACCCAUCUGCAAGUUCAAAAGGAGCGGUCUUCAUCUUUGACAGGACUGGGUCGUUCUUCUCCACAUGGCUCGUUAGGAUCUGUCGUAACAACUUUAUCCAAUCUGAAGCUGGACAAUAUACUGUCUGGACCAAAAAUGGAUGUCCUGAAAUCAGGCAUGAAGCAGGCUGCCAAUGUAGCCAGUAAGAUGUGGGGAGUUGUAACUUCAGCAUAUAGUUACUCAGAUGAUGAGGAAGAAAACAAUCGACCAGAGUUUAACUUCCCUGCUGGUUUUGAAGAUAAUAUUUUAGGAGAUAAUCUGUCAUCCAGAACUGGUGUCCCAGGGCUAGUUACAAAUGAGCUUGCACAAAGCACUACUAGUCUUGGCAGCAGCAGUAGCAGUGGAGAUGCAGGAAGACAGCGUUACAGUGCAGGUGACGUUUCAUUGCCAAGAAGUAUGAAAGUGCAAGAUUCUGAGAAGUCAGAGCAAAGCUCUUCACAUAAUACUAGCCUAUCCAGCAUUUUCCAGAACUAUGCAAUGGAGGUAUUGAUGUCUAGCUGCUCUCAAUGUAGAGCUUGUGGUGCUUUGGUUUAUGAUGAAGAAAUUAUGGCUGGAUGGACAGCAGAUGAUUCAAACUUGAACACUACCUGUCCUUUCUGUAAAAGUAUCUUCUUACCUUUACUUAAUAUUGAAUUUAAAGACCUACGUGGCUCUGCAAGCUUUUUCCUGAAGCAAAGUACUUCAGGAGAUAGUUUACAGAGUGGUACCCUUCCAUUAACCACGGAUCCCAUGGAGCAGAAGCUGUUGUCCAGUCCAGCUGUUGCUGACUUGAUCAGUUUUUCAGAUCACUCACAGCCCAGCCACACCAUAGCUGAAGAAACUAGCUCUGCAGCUGAGCAGAGUGAUGUGGCAGACGAACAGAGUAAAGAUCCCAGAACCAUGAAGACAUCUGCCAAUAAUCCACCAAAAAGGGGAGUGUCCUUGACUCGGAGCCACAGUGUUGGAGGUCCACUGCAAAAUAUUGAUCUUUCCCAGAGACCAUCUCAUGGAAUUUCAACAGUUAGUCUUCCAAACAGUUUGCAAGAGGUUGUGAAUCCUUUAGUAAAAAGACCUAAUCCUCUCCCUGUAUCUGUGCCCUACUUGAGCCCUUUGGUACUGCAUAAGGAGCUUGAAUCACUGUUGGAAAAUGAGGGAGAGCAAGUAAUUCAUACAUCCAAAUUCAUCAAUCAACACCCCAUAAUUUUCUGGAACCUAGUUUGGUAUUUCCAACGGUUGGAUCUACCUAGCAACUUGCCUGGACUCAUUUUAACAUCCGAGCACUGUAAUGACGGAGUGCAGCUUCCUUUGACAUCUCUUGCUCAAGAUAGCAAGCAAGUGUACAUCCAUCUUCUGUGGGACAAUAUCAACCUCCACCAAGAGCCAGGGGAGCCCCUGUAUAUAUCUUGGAGAAAUCUCAAUUCUUCUGAAAAGAGACCCUCCAUACUGGCAGAAGAUCAGCAGGCAAUAAACACUUUGUUGGAGAACAUUAAACUAAGUAUUCAACACAAUAAUGUUGUUAAACCAAUCAACCUGCUCCUACAGAAAGUUAAGCCAGAUGUGAAACGACAGAGGAGUUUUUACAGAGAAAUUCUUUUCCUGUCUCUGGUGUCUCUUGGAAGAGAGAACAUUGAUAUUGAGGUCUUUGAUAGUGAAUACAGAAUUGCACAUAAAAAUCUACCAAAGGAAGUUCUUGAAAAGAUGCAGAAAAUAGAUGCUCCACCAAGCAGCAGGGUCGAGUGUUGUAGAAAGUGCUUUGGAGCACCUUUAAUAUAAAAAUGAGGAAGACAUACUAAACUUCGGUGUGACAGAAGUAGAGGUGAACAAACCAGGAGCAUGGUGAUAUAUACACUUUAAAUCCCAAAAGGUGAUAACUGAGCAAUUUGUCAAAGCAAUUUCCUUGAGAUGCAUCAUAUAUUUUUGUCUUUCAUCUCACGAAACAGAGAGUAAAGUGUGUUAAAAUGUUUUAAAACUAUAUUAAUAGGGUGAGUUGGUUUCAGUGAUUGAUCUGCUUUUUUUUGCUGUAUAUACUUCUUGUCCUUCCUCAAAUCCUUCUCCCACAACAUGAAGUUGUUCAAAAAGGUGAUGAUAGAACAGCAUAUAGUUGCUGACUUAAGAGCCACCAAUGUUUACGUAUUUUAAUGAAAUACUUUUCCUGCCACAGAAUACUUAGAUUCUUCACUACUACUUCAAAAUUGCUUUUACGUAAAGGGAUAUUUUUAUUGGUGUGCAGUGUGUGUGUAUGAAUGUAAAUACUUGAGUCCUUGUCUUGGAAAUGGCAGUGCAGUUGCUUUUGUCAGAUCACAGUACCUAAAAUUGCUACCCUUUUCCUGACCCUUGUCCCAGUCCCAGUAUUCUAAAUUGUCUUUGGCUGACCUUCUCAUAAUGUAUGUCUGCAGUUGUAAAAACCACUCAGUUUUUCUGUGUUCUCUAUCUGACGAAUUAAAGAUCCUAGGAACAUAGUGCUGCUUUCUGCAAGAGAGUGAUGGGCUUCUACAUGAAGCAGCUCAGAAAUGGAUGGCUUUCUAAAAAAAUUUUUAGGAAGCUUUAAAAUGGCAUUAGAAUACAUACAGGGUUUGUUAAACAGUUGCUGUCUGAAAAAAAAUUACUCUCUAUACUGUAUGCAUGUGUGCUUAAAAGGUGUCUUUUCCUUGAAUUCCUUUUCACCCUUUUCCAUGGUUUCACACUAGCCUGUGUGUUAAUUAUUUUGCACUGAUAGUCCAAAUUCAAUAUUUCAAGUAAAAUGUAUUUGUAAAUGUGGUCUUCAAAUUGAGUAUUAGCACAAAUGAAGUGCUUGAGUGUAUGAUCUGGAAAGAUGAAUCCAUCUUUUGGAGUGCUUCUAGUAGAUAAGACACUUCCUCACCUCACAUUCUAACUGACUCCAGUAGUCAUAGUCUUGGCAAGAGCCUGGAUGCUGAUCAACAAUUUGAAUGUUUCUAUUACUUGAGGAAUAGGAUAAGAUUGAUUCCUUUUUUUUUUUUUUUUUUGUGAAAUUUAAUGGUGUGGCUUUUCUGGCUUUCCCCCUAGAGUUGGGGGAAAAAAGUAAGAUUUGUAGCAUUUUAAAGGAGCAAAGCUAAAACUAUAAUCAAAUCUCAAGUAUGAAUGUAUUUACUUCAUACUACUUUCUUUCUUAAAAUGAUGAGGGAUGAAGAUCUGUCUGCAACAGCUUUUACAUGAAACAAGAAACCUAACACUUGUUUUUUCAUGAGGCUACAGCAAAGGAUUUGCACUAUUCAUGACAAAAUAUAUUUGUGUCAUAGACCGAUUUCCUUGUAUUUUGUCUAGAAGUGCUGAUCCAAAGUUAAUAUGGGGAUAUUGUCUGGACAGAUUCUCUGCUAAUGAAAAUAUUGUGCUUUCUCAACAAUUAAAAGCAAGAAAGCACACGGUGACUUUGUUUUUUGUUUGGGGUUUGGGUUUUUUUUUUCAUCCUGAAUUCUUUGGGUUUAUGCAUGGUUGCUUGCAGAUAUCUGAUCUACAUCACAAUGGAAGUGUAGAGUUUAAUUCUUCAUAUUUUCCUUUCUUCUCCAAUUACAUAAUUGACAUGCACAAUUCCAUCCUUUCAAGGUAAAAGUCUGUGUGAAACAUUCGUCCAAACAACUUAAUCCUUACAUAAAUCAAACCAGCAAAUUUUCCUGUAUUGUUCUAUACUGAUGUUAAACAUACAGCUACACAAAGACAGUUUUUAAGUGUUAAAUGGACAGAUCAUAUGAUUAUGUGAUGCAGUUUGCAAAGAAUUAAAUUUUAGUUAUCUUUAACUUCUCCUGACUCAUUAAAUUACAAAGAAAAUCUGUGCAGUGAGUGCUGUUUUAGGUAAUUGGGGAUAUCCAAAUUGUUUUAAACCAUUGUAAAUAACAUUAUUAUAAACUGUAUCCUGUAAGAGAUCACUUUUAUUUCAAAACAACCUUACCAUCUGUUGCUGAAAAUACAGAUUAAUCAGGCAAUAGUGUUGUAGAAACAGCAAAGCAGGUUGUGUCAUAAAUGUUAGACUUUCCCCAGGUAUAUACACUAAACAAAACAAAAACCAAAACCCAAACCAGGAAUUUCCUCCUCCCUACCCCAACAUAACAACAAAAAAAAAAAACCCAAACUAAAGCCUGAAGGGAACAGGACAACUGCAGGAUUGCACUUGCUUUGAUUUGUUCCUUCAUACUGGCAUUUCUAUACACUACAAAUUAACUUAUGUUCCUUCUGUAUGUACCUGGAUUUCAGAGUGGUAGAAGUCCUGCAUGUAAUUACUUGAAAUCUUGAAUCUGCCUACUGAAAUUAAUUCUUUAAUAUAGAAUGACAAAAGUGCUUACUUUUUAUAAUGUGGAUUUUUUUAAUGCCUAGUUUUAAUAGCUAACUAAUCAGCUGGUUCUUGAAUAAAAUCUGUAGUUCAAAAGAAAAGUAAGAUCUCUGAAAGCAGUUUGUUUAUUAAAUUUUCACCUAGGGAGAUGCUUUUUGGGGGGGGGGGGGGAGUUCACAAAAAUUUGAAAGGAAUUAAGAAUUGAGUAUUUUUUCCCUACUUGCUUUCUCUCCUUACAAAUGCAUGAUGGCACUCCCUGUUCUUCUGUUGUCUUUUGGGUCUCCUACAGAGAGAGACUGCACGUUUUCCUACACAAACUUUCUGAGAUAUAGGCUUCCCUAGUUUGAAUGCUGAAAAAACUGUGAGUGUGCAAAAGAGAAGGGCAGGGCAUAAAAUUGAUAGCAUGGCUCAAUACUCACAUGGUCAAAAAUCUGGCCAGAAAUAAACAAAUGUUUUUUGUGAGUGCAUUGCAAACACUUUUGUCUUUCUGAAGGCAUAGUAAAUUCUUCUGUGCUAGUAAACAGCAUGCGCUUCUUGGGCUACAUAGGAAUGACCUACCUAUGCUCAUAAUUAGUGGACGCUCCACUCCUAGUAAUCCAAAUUUAUCUGAUCCAUAAUGCAUGAAUGACAUGGACAAAGUGUUGUGAAGGAGGGAUAAGCUUGAUCUUGGUUCUGUUUUCCUCUCAGCAUAAGCAGAAAAAGAUGCAUGUUGCUCACUCGCAAAGCUCUUACCUCCACAUGCUCUUUUUAGUAGCUCAACAGCCAGUGCUCAGGAGAUGGCUCUUCUGUGUGCAUUUUGGAAUUCUCACAUAUAAACAUGAAGAAGAAGGUUGCAGAUCAGUAGUAACUUCAAAGCCUGCAAUAUGUGCACAAAGCGAGGGUGUAAACCAAACUGAUUACAUACAUGGAUGUAAAAUGUUAAUGAAUUUCAAGUAAGCCCAAGAACUCGGAAAGUUUGUGUUGGAAUAGUAAUUAUUCCAGAGAAGCUUCCUUGAAUUGUUGCCUUAAAGGUAUUGAACUGCAGUCAGUUAUGCUGAGAAGAUUGCACCUUUCACCCAGCUAUAAACGUUACCUAUAGUUAAUGUUCUGGUUUAUCAAAAUAGCUGUUUUUUUGUAGAAUUAAAACAUCAAACGGAGUCUUACAGGUUUUGGUUUUCUUUAAAUCAGGAUUCUUGAGUGACAAAGAGUUCUUUAUAUUCUGCCACAUUACCAAGACAUAAGAUCUUCCAAAACCCCGUGGCUAUAGGAGACUGAUAUGGCUGUGGUAUUGGCAUAGUAAUAGGUACCAGCUUUUACAUGUUACUAGAAGCAUCUCUGUGUUACUUAUAGUCAUAUCCUGUCUUCACAUUUUAUAUAACUCCAGUUUAGACAAUACAAUUUUAAUGGAAAAUAUUUUAUUAAGCAUAUGUGUUUCAAACUAAAUUAAUUUGUUUUGCAAGUAACUUAGCCUUGUUCCUAGUGGAAUUUCACAUUGGUUAAGCUCAAGCUAUGUUGCACUUGUGAAUGAGUAAUUUUUAUUCCAUUUUAACUGUGAAUUAAUCGCUUUUUGUAUUGCUGCAGCUAAAAGAGUAUACCUUUCAUUGAGUUUACUGCUUUCCUUGAGUAACUGCAACAUAGGGGAUAUUUUCGAAAUGUAUAUUAAAUUAGAUCAUAGAAAUUAUAUUUUUAAAAUAAAUUGUUAAAAUGUAAGUAACUGAAGAAUCCACUCAAUAGUUUCAUCUUUUUAAAACUUUUAAUUAAACAAUUAUUUCAAUGCAGAUAACUUGAUUAAAUGGUAAGCAGGUCAUCUUAUUCACAUAACUGUACAUUUUCAACAAAAGGGUUUUUUCUUUUAACUAAUAAAAACAUUAAAAUGCCUUCUGUAUAUCAGCUGUUCAUUAUGGACCUUUUUAAAAACACACACACACCCCUGCAACUUUUAAGUCUUGAAACUGAAUGGUUGAAUUGACUCCAGAUAUGUAUUCCACUGUGCUAUAUAUUGUAAUGCAUACGAGGAGAGAAAUGGAUGGUCUUUCAGUGUCUGCAUCAGUGGUGCAAAUAAAAGGGAUUGUUUGCUGUUUUUUUAGAAGCACAUUGAACUCCUUUUAGGAACUUAAAAUAAACUGUAUUGUAAUGAGGAUGAAAGGAUGUUGUGUGAAUAAAUUAUGAAUUAAGUGAGCUGGGAAGUUUAAUGCAAUAAAAUUUGCACUAUUUU